AUGGUUCCAAAUCUGGGGCCAAACACAUCGCUCGGCUACACCCCGUUUGAGUACUGGAAGGGUCCCAAACCCGUCAUUCACAGACCAAAGCGCAAAUCUCGAGCCGUCGCCCUCGACCUCGAGCCGUUACUUCCCACCACCCCGGCCCCGAAGUCUAGAGCGGCCGCUAGGUGGCCUGGCCAACGUCCGCCUGCAGGCGUCUUCGUGGCGCAGCCAGGCACAUACAGGGUUCCGCCCAACUUGAAUCGCAAGAAGCCUUUUGCAGAGAUACUCGUUGUGCCGCCAAAGGUGUUAGUCCACCCACUUUUUCGGGAUGAGAUAAAGACCCCAGACUGGCCCAGAGGCUUCUCCCCAUACCCCGAUUCCAUAACAGACAUGAAAAACUCUUACUACAACGGCGGCAUCAUGGGCGACUACGAAUUCUCAAACGAGCGCCUCGGGCGGAAGACUGCGUGGUGGAAUUACAGGGCAUGGACGAAGCGGAUCUGGGCCGGCGUCGGCGGUGCCGUCGUCGUCCUCAUUAUCAUUAUCGUUGCCGUCGCCGUCACACAAACCAACAAGAACCGAUAUCCCGACUACUCCCAGCUGAAGUACCAGCUGAGUGACACAUACUCCGGAGAGGACUUCUUCGACCGCUUCAACUAUUUCAAUACAUACGAUCCUACGGCGGGUGCGGUUCACUACGUGGGCGCCGCCGAGGCCGCAAGCAGGAACCUCACCUUCGCCACAUCAUCCACCGCCGUCCUUCGAGUAGAUCACACCACUGGCAACACCUCAACGCCCGACGCCUCGACGGGCCGCUUCUCCGUCCGCGUCGAGUCCAAGACGCAGUACGACAAGGGCCUCUUCAUCUUCGACGUGAAGCACACCCCCUAUGGCUGCGCGAGCUGGCCGGCGCUCUGGUUCUCGGACUCCAGCAACUGGCCGGCCGCCGGCGAGAUCGAUGUCAUGGAGGCCAUCAACCAGGGCACCCACGGCAACCAGAUGACGCUGCACACGACGUCAGGGUGUGAGAUGAGCGUGAAACGCAAGCAGACGGGCUCGACACUGCAGUCGGACUGCAAGAACACGACAAACGGCAACGCGGGGUGUGGCGUCGAAGGCAAACCGUCGACAUACGGAUCUGCUUUCAAUGACGCCGGCGGCGGAUACAUGGCCAUGGAGUGGCGCGACGAGGGCAUACGCGUAUGGCAGUUUGCGAGGGAUGUCAUCCCCUCCGACAUCACGGCCGCCACGUCGCCUGACCCCAGCACCUGGGGUGAGGCCCUUGCCGACUUCCCCAACACGGCGUGCAACGUGGGCUCUCACUUCAAGAACCAGUCGCUCAUUAUCAACAUUGACGUGUGCGGCACGCUUGUCGAGGCCAAGUUUGCCCACUCUGGGUGCGGCGGGACCAGCUGUUCGGAUUUCCAGGCCAACAACCCGGACGCAUUUAAGACGGCGUACUGGGAGUUUGGGGCCUUUCACUUUUACACUGCGUCGUGA